UCCUGGGUCCUAGCCCAACUCUCAAACCACUACACCAUGUUAUGUAUCAUUGUUACGUGCCUUUCAGACAAUUCUAACUUAUGGAGACCCUAUCCUAGAAAUUUGUUGGCAAGAUAUAUUCAGAGCAGAUUUAUUGUUGUCUUCCUCUGAUGCUGAAAGAGGGUGACUUACCUUGGCUCACCCACUGGGCUUCUGUGGUCAAAUGAGGGAUUUGAACCCUGGUCUUCUGGAGUACUGAUCCAACACUCUGUCCACUACACUGUACUGGCCCAAAGAUGAAGGGCUUCCUUGGGAAGAUUUAUUCACAGGAGGUUUGCCAUUGCCUGUAAGUCCAACACUCAAACCACUCUACCUGAAAACCAGCAUUUUCCUUGUGCUGAGAAAAGCUAAGGACCACAUUACAUCUGGAUCAGCUCAAGAAAACCACAGCCACCCUCAUUUUGCAAGACCUGAGCAGGGCUGUGGAUGUCUGGGCUCUUGGAGGUCUCUCAGUCAGAGGGUCACCAUAAUCAAAGCUGACAAAGGUUGGAUGGCCAUCUUUCAGGAGUGCUUGAGUUGUGUAUUCUGUAUAAUGAGGAAUUGGACUAGGUGGCCCUUGCAGUCCCUUUCAACUCAGUAAUUCUAUGAUUCUGUGACCUGAUGACAGAUAAGACACUGAGGGAGCCACUGGCUUUUAGAACAGGAUAGGUCCAUAAAUAUAGAUUUAUUGCUGCCUGCUAGUCCUGAACACCUGGACAUCUCUGAGUGCCUAGGUCUUGCAACCCAGACAUCUUGCAAUCUUCGAUGGACUGGGGUGUGUGUUUCUUCUUCUCGGUUUUGAGCUGCCUUUUGUAAGGUUGCUCCAAAUUCAAGAUGAGACCCAGCAGAGCAGAAAACUCUCUGUUCAUCUGCCCAGUGGCUGUAGCCCAUCAUUAGGGAUGUGGUCUGUCCGUCUGUCAUUUCAAGAGGCGAAAAAAGGGAGACAGAGAGCCCAUUAAACCAAAUGCUUUGCAAUGGGGGCUUGCAUGGCGUCUUGCUCUGCCAGUCCUUGCCGCAGGGGCCUUUUAGGGAGGGGUCCCCUGCUUUUCCAUUCAUCCGGCCUCUCUCACAACUGCCUUUAUGGCGAUACUGAUGAUUUUGAAAUCUCGUGGCUGACCUUUCCAGCUCUGGAAGCCAUCCAAGGCCUGUGUCUUAAAGCACAGUGAAGGUUAGGAGGGAGGGAAGGAGGCAGGGAAGGAGGGAGGGCACACAUGAGAAUGUCCUCUUGAGCCACGGGAGUGGGAGACUGGAAUGCGAUCAAUGCCAUAGGAAGUGCAGCGGAGAUGCCGAGCCAGGCUUGCUGUGACCUUUGAGAGGGUGUGUUUGUUCCCCUUCCAGGAAACCAGGAUCCUUGGACGAAAAAAUUGUGGGGCUGAGAAACCAGCAGGAACACCUGCAAGCUAGGCUGCAUCUAUACUUCAGAAAUAAUCCAGUUCGACACCACUUUGCCACGACUCAGUGCCGUGGAAUUCUGGAGACUGUAGUAUUGUGAGACAUUUAGCCUUCUCUGUCAUUGAGGUCUGGUGCCUCAACAAACUACAAAACCCAGAAUUUCAUGGCAUUGAGCCAUGACACUUAGAGUGGUGCCAACCUGGAUUAUUUCUGCAAAGUGGAUGCAGGCCAAGUUACCUGAAAGUAGUGGUGCAGGGAAAGAGGGGGUAUUUUUUUUACCCAAAUAUACAUGCUGCACAAGCCCAUAGGAAUAAGCUGCUUGUGUGAAAGAGUACAACUCUUGCUCAUUUCAGGAGAGGAUCCCCAUUGGGUUAGCACCAUAACAGUUCAUCAAUUUUUUCAUCUAUUUUUUGGAAAUCUCAAGUUGUUCUCCUUCUGCUUCUCAUAGGGCCUGCAAGUUUCAGAAAACUUUUCAAUAGCCACACACAGGCCAACUUUGUCCUGUGAUCUCUCUUCUUCCUUGGACUGUGUUACUAUCUGGGGCUUGGCAACAUGAGAAUAGGUGCUUUCAUCUUGAGAAUGGAACCCUGGCCUUGGAGGAUCAAACCAAAGGGCCAUCUGCUAGAAGAAACCUCAUCCUGUUAGCGGAGGGCCUUGGAGCGUGUCUGAGUUUAUGGUGGCCAAGGGUUUUGGGUUUUUUGUCAUGGUCAUUCUGGGUUUGCAGGAACACUACAAUGUAAAUGACAGGCAUCCUUGGAAAUAUACAGGCAGGUCCUUGGGACCAGCAUCCCAACCUCUCAUAAGUUCUCUCGCAACAGUCACUGGGCUUAUAGUAAGCAAGUAACACCCCAUGUAAAAGGUGGCCUGCUUUUCACCUUCAGACUAUAAUGGUCAGAUGGGUGAUGGUGGCUGCAGCACCAGGUCUUCUCCAGCACCAGCUUCUGACACCUCAAGAUUUACUGGGGAGGCAAACAUCUGGUGGAAAAGAGCAUUUGUUAGACAGUCAAGGUCCCAGAAUACCUUGGAGUCUAGGCUAACAUUUCUGGCAGCAGAAGCUUUCCUGGACUAGUCUCUGUUUGGAUGGAUUCUUGAAAUGGGCAAAUGAUCUCAAGAGACCCCAGCUGAAGUCUACUCUCUCUUUGUCAUUGACUUGCACUCAGUUCCCUGAUGCAAGCCACUCUCUCCAGCCCUUUUCUCUCUCAUAAUACCAGGGCACUAAUACUCGCCUCUUUUAACAGAGUUGUUGCAAGAUUAUUACAAUAAUAUAUGUGGAAGUGCUUAGAGCAGUUGGAAACAGCAAUAAAUAUGAGUAUUAUUAUCAGUAAAAAUAAUUUGUUGAAUUGGAUUUUAAUGGCAUUUUAAUGAGGUCAUUUUAUGUGCAUUUUCUGAUUUUACCUUAGCCACUUUUCUUCUAAGGUUCACUGUUUAUGUUAGGCCUGUGUUGGGAUGCCAGGGCCAUCUUCAAGGCUUUGGGGCUUAUGGUUAGAUUAGGUGUGUGUGUGUGUGUGUGUAUGUGUGUGUGUGUGUACUGCGUUUUGAUAUGAAAGGUAUUACAUGCUGUGAUUCUGUGCUGCAUAUCUCAUUGAGUGCUCAGCCAUUACCAGCCUACAUAUAGAGCCGUAACCUGUUGGGUAGAAAUGGCAAAGGUCAUCUCUCUUUUUCUGUAAUUGCCUCUUGCCAUUCUCAUUGCUGAGGCUUUGGCUUGUCUGCCUUUUAGGCCUGGAAGAGUCUUCCUUCCAAAUCUGCCCCACAGACCUAAUUCUCUAGGGAUGAGACAUCGGUGAGCAGCGAGGAUUUUGAUAUGAGCGACUCCACAUGGAUGUCAGCUGACCAGCAUCUGAACUCCAGUUUGAGCCCAAGCCAGGAGGAAGGCAUGCGGAGUCCACAGAACAUCCACAGCCAGGAAGAUGAUGACUCCUCAUCAGAGAGCUGCAGUGGGAAUGGCUCCUCCACCUUGAACCCGUCCACCUCGAGCAGCACGCAGGGGGAUGCUGCCUAUCCGGAGAUGAACGGGAAUGGCGCCCCUGCCCCCAUGGAUUUCAGCACCUCCUCAGAGGACCAGCCUAUCAAUCUAUGUGACAAGUUGGCACCUGCCCACAUCACCCCAACCUACCCGUCGGACGGUUGCAGCGCCGAUGGCCUGCGGAGCCGUACAAAGUAUGGAGCCAAAAGCACAGCAGAGUCUCCUCCAUACAGCUCCGGCAGUUACGACUCUGUCAAGACGGAGGUCGAAGACCUGACUGUUGGCAGAGCUCCUGCCGCUGACGAUGACGACGACGAUCACGACGACCAUGAAGACAAUGACAAGAUGAACGACUCAGAAGGGAUGGACCCAGAGCGGCUAAAGGCCUUCAAUAUGUUUGUCCGCCUUUUUGUGGAUGAGAACCUGGAUCGCAUGGUUCCCAUCUCCAAGCAGCCCAAAGAGAAAAUCCAGGCCAUCAUUGAAUCCUGCAGCCGGCAGUUCCCCGAGUUCCAGGAGCGGGCUCGCAAACGCAUCCGCACUUACCUCAAAUCCUGCCGCCGUAUGAAGAAAAACGGCAUGGAGAUGACCAGGCCCACUCCACCUCAUCUGACCUCAGCCAUGGCCGAAAAUAUCCUGGCGGCUGCAUGCGAGAGCGAGACGCGGAAAGCGGCCAAGAGAAUGCGGCUAGAGAUCUACCAGACGUCGCAGGAUGAGCCAGUUGCCCUGGACAAGCAGCACGCCCGCGACUCAACCACCAUCACCCACUCGUCCUACUCACUGCCAGCCUCCUCCUUCUCCCAAGACCCCGUCUACAUCAACGGGAGCCUCAACUACAGCUACCGCAGCUACGGGAGCCUGGGAGGCAGCCUGCAGCCUACGCCUCCGCUCCAGGCAGGGAAUCACAGUAAUGGUAGGCAAAGAGGAAGGCCUGGCGCUGUUGCGGUGGCGGGAUGUGGCUGAGGGCUGGUGGAAUGC